AUGUCAAACCCAGACAAUAGUUUACAGCUUCUCGCACCUUGUAGGGCAGAGAUACAGGGAGAUGGUUGGCUGGCAGCACUGCAUGUGAAAUGUGCUGCAAAGAGCCUUUCCAAGCACAUCAGCCGUACUGAUCUGAUCCUCUCGUCUCCACUUAGACAUGGAGAGCAAUAUCUGAAUUGCCUCCAUCUUCAGCUCUCAUUCGAAGCUUCAACUCCAACAGCAAAAUGUCUUCUCAUCGUGGUUCAUACCGAGGUUUCGAUAAGGUUCGAGGAAGAGGAUCCUGGCCGUGGUGCUACUAAUCCUAGUCGAGCUCGACCGCCCCAAACUCUACCGCCGCCAAAGCCUUUAGGUCCAACCAUUGACCGCAUCGACAUCAAGACGUUAUCGACAGAAGAGGAUGCUCCCAAGAUCAAGGAUGUCGAAUAUGUCGCGUCUUAUAACUGGACUAGUGGAAAGUCUCCAGUUAUCCUCGUGCCAGGUUCGCCCCCGGCGUGGACUCCACCAGUAACAGAUACACAGCUGAAGCGCGAUAGCGAAGAUGUAUUUCGAGACAUCAACGCGGCUCGAUACGCCUCGUACCCUCUUGAGCCCACGUUCCGUUCCAUACCCUUCCGUUUUGAUGUCGACGUUGUUGGAGACACAGUGCUCUUUGUGCGUAAAGAAAGCUCCCUUACGGAAGUCAUCACCAAUCUACAAGGCUAUGGUCACACGUUCCCAGAGGCAUAUACCACAUGGGAUUCUGAGGUUGCGGGUUCGUGCUCCCACCAACGUAUAAUUCACUAUGAAUUUGGUGGAUUGAAAUUCCUCGUCCGCACGGAAACUGAUGGCUAUGUCAAAGAGGCUGGUGAGAAAGCAUCCUCAAGCGUGGAGAAGUCAACAAGCCAACCAUCUCUCGACGAUGCGUUUGGUACCAUGACUGUGACCAGCACCGAGGUUCGUCAAGGUCAACAACUCCAAUUGAAGACCCAAGGCACGAGAACAGCCAGGUUUCUCAUCGCGUAUCACCAAUUCGGUCUCUUUGACAAGCCCAAGGUCAAGGAUAUCAGUCAAGAAGUCAUCCAAUGGGAGAAGGACAACUCGACCCUAUUGGCACGUUUCCACGCCCUCAUCGACCGCAUCGUGAAGGUGGUCCGUGAUUGCGAUCAACAACAGUGCGAAGUCAGCUGGGAUGGCCAAGGACCUCUAUGUGUUACAAAGCAGAUUGGAGAGGUCAGGAGGGCUCUCCCACCUGAUCUUUUGCAUGUCUUGGAAGCUCCGUGA